AUGUCCAUCGACACAUCAACCCAAGCAGCUUCAUCAUUAACUGCUGCCGGCAGCAUGUCGUCGGCCACAUCAAAUCACACCCACCUGAUCAAUCCAAUCUACUCUAAAAAACAAAAAGCAAGAUUGGUACAAAUCCGUACAAGAAAUAAGAGAAAAUUACCAUUGAAUGAAAGUAUUAUUUUCCACAUAUUUUCCUUCAUGAAUGGUGCCGAUAUUGAAAGUUGUUGCAAGGCAAGUCAUAUCUUUCAAAAUGUUGGAAAUGAUGAGAGCAAAUUCUUGGAAUACUUUAUUGCCAGAUACGAACCAUAUACUACCUUCUAUCACGACUAUAAUCGUCAAUCGUUUUUAAUUUCAGGUGGAGCUUCAGCACAACCACCUCCAACACCAACAACAGCAACAACAACAACAACAACAACAACAGGUGGAAUUUCCUCUCCUACCUUCCCUAUUGCUGUGAAGGCUAAUGUUGAAUCUCCCCUUGCUCCCUCUUCACCAAUCAUAACAUCAACACCACUUUCUCCAAGAGGAAGCGUUAAUUCGGCACAAUCUCAAAACUCUAGAAUUCCUCCACAGUUGGUUUCAACACCAUCCUUUGCUUCCUUCUCUACAUUAUCAUCUGUUUUUGAAAAAGGCCAACCAUCGUCAUCAAAUAAUCAACAACAACAACAACCACAAGAAUCAAUUCAACGAGAGGAAAGAGAGUACUACAAGAGACCACGUUGCAAUUGGAGAAAUGCUGUCAAAUAUAGAGAGCAAAUGCAAACAUGUUAUCGUUUUGGUCAAGUGAAUUUAAUGAAAGUUUAUACACAACCUGAUUUGAAAAUUCUCACACUCUCCUCUUCCAGUUUGAAAGAGGCCGUGAAGGGAAAAGGAUGGAUUGAUAUUGAAAAUACCAACAAUACAAAAGUACCUUCCAAUCCAUCCACACCAAGUGAUUCUAAAAUUUCAAUCUUGAACACCUCUGUUGAACCAUCCAUUAAAAGAAGAGAAUAUGUUAGUGAUGAAGAGGAAGUUAGAAAGGAAAAGGAAAAAUUGGACAAGGAAAGAGAUCGUCUUGUUGACGAAUUUAGUGGUAUUAUGAAUUAUUGUUCAACCAAUACCGAUGAUUGGAAGAGUAAUGGAUUUCACUUGAAGGAUGUAAGAUUGUUGGAUGGUCGUGUUAUUUUAAAUACUAGAAAGAAUUUCCGUCACACAACCAAACCUUUUAAACAUCACUUUUCCUAUGAUCUUUUAACCUAUAGUUUGUUCAGUGCUAAAGACUCUCACGUUGCCAAUAGAUUAACAGGUAGAAGAAAACAAAUUUUGGAUAAUAUGUUCGAAGAUGAUUUGCCAAUAUCUGCCAUGAAAGAGCUUCACGAGAGCCUUUUAAGUGAAACUGAUGAGUUUUUAUAUGAACAAUGGGUCUCAAAGGUAAUGAAUUGCAGCAGUGAGUACAUUUCAAGAAAUAGAUCUGAGGGAGGCGCUGCCUCUACAACUGCUGAUGAUGACUUAUCCACAGCCCACUCUAGAGCUGAUUAUCCACCAUUUUCUGCUCUCAAUUUGAUUGGAGUUGUCAAUACCUAUCCAAAAUAUGGAUCCUUUGGAACUGCAUGGUCACCAUCCAAUAGAACUUUAGGUUUUGGAUCAUUGGAAUUCUUGGAAUUUGAAAUUGAAGAAGAAAUGUUCAUUGAAGAAGUUCGUGUCUUUGAAACAUUCUGCCCUGGUGGUGUCUUUAAAAUUUCGAUAUUUGACAAGUCUACCAACUCAUGGGAUACUGUUUGGCUAGGAAAACCAUACGAUACCAAUUGUAGAAUGAUGGAAAGAUCUAGAGUUUUUGCACCAACAAUUCUCAAAAAGGAUUACCCAACUAAAAAGAUUAGAAUUGAUUUGGAUUUGAGAAAGUCUCCAACAGGGUGGACUGAAAUUGAUGGUAUUCUUGUGAGAGGGUAUUUGCAUUUCAAGGACAGAUUGAGGGUACUCGCAAGCCAACAAUUGCAAACCAAGAAGGAUACUAUCAGUCUUAAUAAGGAAGUUUUGCACUUUCCAUACUCUUAUCUUUCACAUUCACCAUUCGAUUAUCAAUUUGGUGUCUUGUGCUUUGUUUAUACUGAAUCUAGCUACUACCAUAUCAAUUCUACUUUGGUUGUUAUUGGAGGUACAGAAUUGUUGAAGGAUGAAGUAUUUUUGGAAGUUACCUAUUCUAAGGAUUAUAUUGUUGCUGUUAAAUUACUUAGUAACAAGACCUGUAUGGCCAUUGUAAAAUUAGCUCGUGUUCCAACUCAAUAUUGUGUUCACAUUUAUGACAUUUCUAUGAAACGUCUCUCUAAAAGCUUUGAAUUGAAGGAACUUCCAACAGAUUCAAAAGAAGUUACCUCUUGGGAACUUACUCAACAAGUAAUUGCUUGCACUGUUGAUAAGAAGAUUUAUGUAUAUGAUAUCAGCAACUCAACUAGCAUGGCAAGUUGGAGAUUAAUUUAUACUCUUGAAGGUCAUGAUUCCAUUGUUACUUCAAUGUCUCUCAAUACUGAAUUGAUUGAUUUGAGUAAUGUGUUGGCCUCUUCUUCAUCCGAUAAGACUGUCAAAAUUUGGAGCUUGCACACAGGUCAAUGUUUAAUGACCUUGGAACAUCCAAGUGCUGUCUCUUGUGCCAAGGUUAUUGCUGCUGGUACUAUGGUUGCUACUUGUUGUGUUAAUGAAUCAGUUAUUAGAAUUUGGAGUAUUUGUGGAGCUGAUGCUGGUGCACUUGUUAGAGUUCUUGCCCUCCCAACUCUUUCAACUAGUAAUACCAGACAUACUCAGAAGGAAAUCUUUUUCGAUGAAUCCUAUUUCACCUACUUUGAAAAGGGAACUAAUGAAUACAUUCUCGGUAGAUUCCACAUUGGAGAACAAGAUGAAAAGAGUGAGCAAAAGAAUGAAACUACCAAGCAAGAAACCUGGGUUGGUGAUGGAGAGAAUGUAAUCCUCAACAGAUAUAAUAUUGUAAAUAAGUACCAGGCCAAUGCAGAAGCAUGUACAAUUUUGUAA